CUUCUAGCGCACCACAAUGUAGAGCUGACGGAUAUUCACGGCACUGCUAUCGGGCGUACAAUCUACCAACUCCGUCCUCGGAACCAGCACCGCUGUCCCAAUACAUCAAACACAAUUCACGCUGUCGCAACUGACCCCAGCUUGACUUGAUUCUUAUGCUAGGAGCCACGUUCACACCCUCACGAUGAAUAUCGCUGGUGCUUUCUCAUCCCUACUGCGAGGAAACCCCCCGUCAAGGGUGACUCUUCUGACAACUGGUCCUCUCCGCAAAGCCAUCCUUCCACGAAGACUAUUCUCGUCAUCCACGCAGAAGGAUGCCACUUGGGGAUUCAUUGGGCUCGGACAAAUGGGGUACAACAUGGCCAAGAAUAUACAGUCCAAGAUCCCUGCCACCGACACAUUGAUGAUUCGAGACGUCAAUCCAGACACCACCGCCCGAUUUGUGAAGGAGGGCCAUCAAGCAGGCGGGACAGGCACGGCGAGCACCGGCACAGCCAACGUUAUCGUGGCGGAGAGCGCGAGGGACAUUGCAGAACAAUCUACAGUCGUGAUCACCAGCCUGCCGGAACCGCAGCAUGUUAAAGAUGUCUUCCACUCUAUCCUCCGCCACGGCGACCUUCCGGCACUGGAACAGGAGCGUCUGUUCAUCGACACGUCGACGAUCGACCCUAGCUCCUCCAAGGAGAUCGCCAACGCAAUCCACACCACUCGUCAAGGUCGCUUUGUGGACGCUCCUGUGUCCGGCGGGGUCGUCGGUGCCCGCAACGGGACGCUGAGCUUCAUGUUCGGCGCCACGUCUCAAACCGGCCAGUUCAUCGAUCGCGUGCGGUCGGUGCUGUCCCUGAUGGGGAAGAAUGCGUGGCACAUGGGCGCCCCCGGAGCUGGCGUUUCGGGGAAGCUCGUCAACAACUAUAUCCUGGCGAUCAACAACAUCGCCACAGCUGAAGCGAUGAACCUGGGUCUACGCUGGGGGCUGGACCCCAAGACCUUGGCGGAUAUGGUGAACACGUCAACCGGGCGGUGCUGGCCGAUGGAGGUCAACAACCCUGUGCCUGGAGUGGUGGAAACAGCGCCAGCCUCGCGGGACUAUGCAGGGGGGUUUGGCGUCAGCUUGAUGAAAAAGGACUUGCGGCUGGCUAUCACGGCUGCGGAGGAGUCGGGCUCGCCUCUGCCCCUGGCGGACGUGGCUCGUACUGUGUACAAUGCCGUGGAAGAAGACCAUCGGGGUAAAGAUUUCUCGGUGGUGUACAAGUGGCUUCAAGAUCGAUCGGGAUAACGAGGCUAAUUAGAGAUACGGAUCGCCAUGAAACGUCAAUCAGCUCUAGGUCGCCCAUCGACGGAGCGAUGAUGGGUAGUUCGAUCACUAUAUUAUAUCAAUUCGGGUCUGUUCUUUCGUGGUUCUAGACAUAUACAUCGCUAUUUUGUCUUCCUCUGUGGUUGCCGUUUAUGAUGCGGCUUGCGAAUGUCUUUCCCGCUGCAAUUCGAGGCUCCAGAAGUCUGAAGAUGUCCAUCAACUUCGUGUUGGACCGUUAGCCCGAAUCAUGAAUGAUAAAUGCCGCGAAGAGUUUGCAAAUGAUAAGCCAAUCGCAUCAUUUUGUCUAUACCAAUUAUGUAGAGUGAUUAA